ACUGAGCCUGCCGGACAGUCUGAACCUGCACCGUGACCAGCAGCGAGCAGGGAAAACCGGAGAGGCCCAUGCCUACAGCCAGGCUGAACUCCGCACCAUUGAACAGUCCCUCCUGGCGACCCGCGUGGGGAGCAUUGCAGAGCUCAGUGACCUGGUGUCUCGAGCCAUGCAUCAACUUCAGCCUCUGCACAUCAUGAACCCCAGCAAUGGAACGCCAGUACACGAGAACCGCACCAGCACCGUGCACUGGGAACCGGAAGCCCUCUACACGCUCUGCUACUUCAUGCACUGUCCUCAAAUGGAGUGGGAAAACCCUAAUGUUGAACCCUCUAAGAUUACCCUGCAUACUGAGAGGCCGUUCCUGGUCCUGCCUCCAUUGAUGGAAUGGAUCCGGGUGGCCGUGGCGCACACAGAACACCGCCGAAGCUUCUCUGUGGACAGCGAUGAUGUACGUCAGGCAGCCCGACUGCUGUUACCCGGGGUGGACUGUGAGCCGCGGCAGCUAAAAGCAGAUGACUGCUUCGGUACCACAAGGAAACUGGACGCUGCAUCCACAGAAGCAAAAUUCCUGCAGGACCUGGGCUUCCGGAUGCUCAACUGUGGACGAACUGACCUGGUCAAGCAAGCAGUCAAUCUGCUUGGGCCAGAUGGCAUUAACAGUAUGAGUGAACAGGGCAUGACCCCUCUCAUGUACGCGUGCGUCCGUGGGGACGAGGCCAUGGUGCAAAUGCUGCUGGACGCUGGGGCAGACAUUAACAGUGAGGUGCCCAGCUCACUACACAAGCACCCCUCAGUUUAUCCUGACACCAGGCAGGGGACUCCACUCACUUUCGCCGUGUUACACGGACACGUCCCUGUCGUGCAGCUUCUACUGGAUGCCAGAGCUAACGCGGAGGGAGCGGUUCAAGAAGCCACAGAGAAUUACACUGAGACGCCACUUCAACUUGCAUCUGCAGCAGGCAACUUUGAGCUGGUCAGUCUGCUUUUGGAAAGGGGAGCAGACCCUUUGAUUGGCACCACUUACCGUAAUGGCAUUUCCUCUGGUCCGCUGGGUGAAAUGAACUCAUACAGCCUGGCAGCAGCACAUGGACACAGGAACGUGUUCCGGAAGCUUCUGUCCCAGGUGGAAAAGGACAAGGGGGACGUGCUGUCUCUGGAGGAGAUCCUAGCUGAGGGUUCAGAGGUCGUAGAGAGGAGAGCACCACAGAACGAAGGCACCCUCCGGACAGGCAAGGCCAAACUAAGAGCCCUCCGCGAGGCCAUGUACCACAGUGCCGAGCACGGCCACGUGGACAUUACCAUAGACAUCCGCAGCCUGGGCGUGCCAUGGACCCUGCACACGUGGCUGGAGUCCCUGCGGACGUGCUUUGUGCAGCAGCGGCGACCGCUGAUCCAAGGCCUGCUGAAGGACUUCAGCUGCAUUAAAGAAGACGAGUACACAGAGGAACUUAUCACGCACGGACUGCCACUCAUGUUCCAGAUCCUUCGAGCCAGCAAGAAUGAGGUGAUCAGCCAGCAGCUGUCAGUAAUCUUUACCCAAUGCUACGGGCCUUUCCCAAUCCCCAAACUCACAGAGAUCAAAAAGAAGCAAACGUCACGUUUGGAUCCACACUUUCUCAACAAUAAAGAGAUGUCUGACGUGACAUUUCUGGUGGAAGGAAAGCCAUUUUAUGCCCAUAAAGUGCUGCUUUUUACUGCCUCAGCAAGGUUUAAGUCUCUGCUCUCUAACAGACCAGCAGCUGAGAACACGUGCAUCGAGAUCAGUCAUGUCAAGUACAACAUUUUUCAGCUGGUAAUGCAGUACCUCUACUGUGGCGGCACUGAGUCACUGCACAUCAGGAACACUGAAAUUAUGGAGCUCCUGUCUUCAGCCAAAUUCUUCCAACUUGAGGCUCUCCAAAGACACUGUGAAAUCAUCUGCUCCAAGAACAUCACGACCGACACCUGCGUGGACAUAUACAAACAUGCUAAGUUCCUGGGGGCCUCGGAGCUGGCAGCCUUCAUCGAGGGCUACUUCCUGAAGAACAUGGUGCUCCUGAUCGAGCUGGAGAACUUUAAGCAGCUACUGUAUGAGGUUCCUGCCGAGAGCCCCGGUCCAGGCCCGUCCUACGACGUCCUCCAUGACCUCGAGAGAACCCUGGCCCUUCGCAUCCGCUCCAUCCAUCUCUCAACCUCCAAGGGCUCCAUCGUGUGACACGUUCUCCAUGCUCAUGCCAACUGUUCCUUACAGCGGUUUCAUCAAGAGCUCCAUUAUUGUGUGCCAACCACUUGGAGACAUUUCAAACAUCACCGCCGACAUGACAAGCACCUGCCCGACGGGAUGAGCUGUAGGGAAGGCCAAGAGAUGGGUUUUAGUCCACAGGCUAACAUCUCCACAACGUUGCAGAAACGUCAGCCUGCGGAGCUCAUACCAUUCCAAGGGCUACGUUACGUCGUGGAAACAUUCUAGCAACGUUGUGACAAGCUAAUCACGCCCCAACCAAUGUUAGUGCCCAGGGAAACCAUGGCUUCUGAUGUCAUCACUGCCUCGGCGAUGCAUGUGGAUUGGGCCAGUUUCAUUUUUAGGUGGAACUGUCACCAGGCUACCCGCUGUGGACAGUUUUAGUAACACACACAGUUAUAUUACUGUACUCUCCGAUUGAUGUAAUAGUGUUAGCCUGCCCUCUGAACCCUGAAUUUGUGUAACAUUCUCUCCAAGUGUCACUAAACGCUAAGCCAACGAUGCAUGUUAAGUUCGGUAGGUGAUAUCGCCAUCAAGUUCCUAAGCAUUUGUUUUCAAGUUAGGACAAAAACAUCCGCUAGGUGUAGAGUUUGUAAAACGGAGGUGUUUUAUAUACUUACUAAUACUCACAUCCAACUACAACUUUUGGUAUUUGUGACACAGAACAAUAUGCCGGCUGUUUAAACCCUAGCACUUGUGUUUAAAGCUUCGCGGUUUUAAGGAAUAGGGAUUUGCUACCUUCAGUCUUUUGAUCCAACAUAAAUUAUCCAAGUAGACUAAACUUAUUUGAGUUGUUUCUUUUAGUUGAUCCUUCUCACCAUCGUGUCAGAUCUGAGCUUUUCAUUUCAGCCCACACACUUUAAUGACCCUCCAAUCUACCACUGUGCUUGGUACACUUAAAACUGAGCAGUUCAUCUUUGCCUUGAGGUCGUGUAACCAACGAUCUGUGUUGAAUAAUCUGCAUGGGUCUGGAACUUUUGUAAAAAUACACACACAUGGAGCUCAUUUUCCUUUAGUGGAUGCAGAAUUCUUUACUAAAUUACGGAAUUAUUUACUAUGGUCCUUUGAGGUCUUCGUUGCUUGCGAGUCUGUCUAAAUCGUGUUAUGAAAGAUGCCAUUGCACUGGUCGCUAACUUCGUGGCCCAAUGUACAAAUCCCCAGUCCUCACCUGCUGCACUGCUUUUGUUCAAUGUGAAAAAUGUGAAGCCAGCUCAAAACAAGCUGUUUUAAGUGUGCAUGUUCUGGUUUUACCCGUGUUAGUCUGUAACCCUUCAGGAUGUUGGUAAUUUAGGAACUGUACCUGACGUAUAGUGUUACCAGCAGAAGAUUUUUUUGACCUGGCUGAACCCAAAGUAACAGAUUUAUAUUUACGACAUUUCAUCCAAAGACUAUCUAGAAGUUACAUCAAAAUUUCACCAAAUACUCCAUUUAUCAGCACACAUGAGAAGUGACUAUAUGAAUAAGUACGCAUGACGUGCUGGUAGUGCUGUCAAAGAGUCCUGUUUCGUUGUAUGAUUUAUAUUUCGUGUAUGUAAUUGAAUAACUUGGUUAUGAACAUCCUCAUGUAAAAUGAAAGGUUGGAUUAUAACUAAAUUUAAAAUGAACAAUUGAAAUACAUACUGAUAUGUAGCGGACAAUAUCACGAUGCAAAUAAUUUAAAACUGUGAAGAUUUUAUUUUAAAGAAACUUAGUAUAGUUACUUUAUUUUCUUACAAAGUACAUUUAUAAUUGUGCAAUCCCUGUCUGCUAUUUUGUGAUAAUAAGUCAUAAUGUAACUGUAUCUUUGCAAAACGUCAAUGCUUUGACAAAAGCUAACACAAAAACAGACAAGGAUAAAUCAUGUUCAUGUCAUUUUGAUGAUCGGACCUGCUUAAUUGCAAUGUCCUCGGCAAACCCCACCAUUUGUGUUCACGGUUUAAAGAAAAAUGAUUUGUAAAAGCAAUACUUGACACAAAUAUGUCCAUGCAAGGUCAGUGCUCUCCUACUACUUGUGCUUAGCAUGGAUGCUUCUCCAUGUAGCCAAAUGUAAAGCAGAGGCCAAUGUCAUGAAGUGUUCGUAAAAGCUAUAAACCUCCCCACAUAAAAAGAUACUUGCUCUGUGCUUCUUGGCUUCAGCUUUUUUUUUUUUUUUUUUCUGCUUCAAGGCUGUUAAACAUGCUUUAACUCUUCGGUCUCCACUAAGGCACACUUUAGACAAAAACCUGCAUGCUUUGGCUGGAUCAGAGUCUAACAGAAUUUGUUUGCUCUUAUUAUUUCACCUGAUUGAAACAUUGUACAUUGUACAAAAGAUAUAUAGAGAAAUAUCUAUAGAACUUGGUGUAAAUAUAAGGGACGUGGUUGAGUUUAACAAUCGAAAAAACAAGAAUGUUACACUUGUGCUACAGUACAGUUGUUCAAUGACAUGCAUUUGUGUACAGUCAAUAGAAAUUACCACGAUUGACCACUGUGUUGGGUCAUCAAUAAAUUUCUGUGAUAAAC